AUGCUGGUUGCCCAGAUACUCCUGCGUGUGCUCAACCGAGCUACUGAGCCAAAUUUUUGUACCGAAAUAACAAGUUGUGCCGGAAAGAGUUUCUACACUCGAUCUUUGUUCCUUGAGGCACUUAAUUUGUACCCUCUUUUUGGAAGGGAUGGUUCGGUUGAUGAUUCUAAGCGCGAAAUCGCUGCUUUCUUUGCGCAUGUCACGCAUGAGACUGGACAUUUUUGCUACAUAGAAGAGAUAGAUGGUGCCUCAAAGGACUACUGUGAUGAGAAUAACACACAGUAUCCCUGUGUAGCCGGGAAGGGUUACUAUGGAAGAGGCCCACUUCAACUAUCAUGGAACUACAAUUAUGGUCCUGCCGGAAUGAGCAUUGGCUUUGAUGGACUCAACAAUCCAGAAAUUGUUGCGACAGAUGCAGCUGUGUCGUUCAAGACCGCCUUGUGGUAUUGGAUGAACAAAGUUCACUCUAUCAUAGUUUCUGGCCAAGGGUUUGGUGAAACAAUCCGAGCCAUCAACGGUGCACUUGAAUGCGAUGGUGGAAACACAAAUACAGUCAAUGCUCGUGUUGAGUACUACCAAGAAUACUGCAACCAACUUGGUGUUGCGCCUGGCGAUAAUCUUUAUUGGCGGGCGACACAUAUUGAUGUUGUAACGGGAGAGAAGAGGAAGCAUGGUGAUGAGGGAGAUGAUGCUAUGGAGAUUGACAAGUUUUGGAUGGAAAAGAAUGCAACGUAUGACAUGGGUAUUGGGAUUAAUCGAGCUGCACAUGAACUGCUCAAACACCCUGUCAUUAAAAAUAAAUACACCUCUCUUCUAUCCACACUUUAUUCCAAAAUGGUGUCAUUCAAUUUCAAAACCUACUUACUGACAAUCAUUCUGGCCGGAAUUCUCGCCGGUUCCAACGGUGCUUCGGUCUCUAAUAUUGUGACACAGUCCUUUUUCAAUGGGAUAAUCAAACAAGCUUCUGCUGGAUGUGCAGGGAAAAGCUUCUACACCAGGUCUGCGUUUCUUAAAGCCAUCGGUUCCUACCCUUCAUUCGGCACUACUUCUAAGCGUGAAAUUGCUGCUUUCUUUGCACAUGCCACGCAUGAGACUGGACAUUUUUGCUAUAUUGAAGAGAUAAAUGGUGCCUCUAGGAACUACUGUGACAGAUCAAAUACCCAGUACCCAUGUGCACCAAACAAGAAAUACUAUGGAAGAGGUCCUCUUCAACUGUCAUGGAACUACAACUAUGGUCCUGCAGGCAGAAGCAUUGGGUUCGAUGGACUAAACAACCCCGAAAUUGUGGCAAAAGACCCAGUUGUGUCGUUCAAGACCGCCUUGUGGUUUUGGAUGAAAAAUGUUCACUCUGUCAUGAAAUCUGGAUUUGGUGCAACAAUUCGUGCCAUCAAUGGUGACCUUGAGUGCAAUGGUAAAGGCUCGAAUUCAGUCAGUGCUCGUGUUAAGUACUACAUUGACUAUUGCAACCAACUUGGCGUUUCGCCUGGUAAUAACCUCCGCUGCUAGGAUGCUAAAAAAAAAAAAAAAUUAGCAGACAUGGAAGCUAGCUCUUCAGUACCUUGUAAUAAAUUUGGCAUACAUUGAAGAAAAAUAAAUUGUAGUAAUGCUUCUGCAAUGAAUAAAAAGAGCUCUACGUAUAUUUAUAUAAAAA